AUGAAAGAAUUAUUUUUGAGUGGACAUAUGCCUAAUAUAAGUGAAAUUAUUAUACAAAAUUUUAAUGAAACUAUUACUGAAGAGUAUGAGGAAAAGUCAGAUGUUUAUAAACUUGCUUUUGGUAUUAUAUGUGGAUUUAUUGGUUCAUUUUCUUUAGGUUCAUCAUUAGUACCUAUUAGAAAAUAUUUUUCUAAAGAUGGACAAGUAAUUCAAUUUCUUAUUUCAAUAUCACUUGUAUUUUUUGGUGCUAUUGUUCAAGCUAUUCAAGGAUUUCCUCAUAUUCGUUAUUCAGAUUUUAUUGGAGGAUUUUUUUUAUCAUUAACUUUAGUUUUAUUAAUACCUAUAAUAAAUAAUAUAGGAAGUUGUUUAUUAUUUAUUAUAUGGAAUUCUGUUAUUAUUAUAUCAUUUUGGUUUUUCUCAUUUUUUAAUCUUUAUGGAGAAAUUGCUUCCUCAACAGAUAUGCCUUUUGCACAAUAUAUUGGAAUUAUAUUUUUAUUUUUACCAAUUAUUGGUGUAUUUUUUGUUAAAACAAUGCCAAAUGAAUUUAAUCAUAAUAAAGAUAAUGACAUACCAAUAAGUGGAGAAAAUUUUACAAUGGAAUCAUCAACAACAUUUUCAUAUGAUUUAAAACAAUAUAAUGAUUUUCAAAAUAUACAUUCAUUAACAUCAUCAAAACGAAUUAUAAGUAUUGGUGCUGCAAUAAGUACUGGUAUAUGUUUAUCUGUUACUUUUUAUCCUUACAAUUUUAAUACUCAAUCUCUUAUUUAUAUGCCAAGUACAAUAUUUUCCCAUGCUCUUGGAACAUUCUUAUCAUCAUUUAUAUUUUUUAUAAUAUAUACAACUUAUCAAAAGGGAGCUCUUACAAUUGAUACAAGACUUAUCUUACCAUCUUUUUUUUCAGGUUUUUUAUUAAUAUUAUUUGGUGUUAAUUUUAUUAUAUCAUUUUAUAAUCUUUCAAAUUAUACAAAAUUAUACCAAAUAUCAUAUCAAAUUUUUACUUUUAUUCCACUUCUUAUAAAUAGUUUAUGGUCAAUCUAUUAUUUCAAAGAGAUUCCCUCAAAAAAAGAACUAAUAAUGAUAGUAGGAAUGAUAUUUAUAAAUAUUUUAUCAAUAUUUCUUUUUACAAUAUCUUUUAAAUGA